AUGGAUAGAUAUUCUCCACAACCUCCUCCUCGAAGCUACAGUAACUUGAACGUGGAAUGUAACGACAAUGUGAUACGUCCUGUGCCUCAACGCAGUCCACUAACCAAGCAAGUGAAUCAACUGGCCUAUGAGAUACCAAAGAACAAGUACGCUCAAAAUCCAUGGAAUUACGCUCCCGAGUUUCUUAAAGUUUUCGGUGACGUUCGAGUUCAUGUUGGCGGAAAAGCUGUUGAUGUGCUGUUGGGUAGCCCAAGGCCCAAGGUGUGCUGGCUGUUCAACGAUGAAAAGAUGCGCUUCAAUGAUAUUCAAGUUGACGAUACAGCUGAUGUCUGCCGAUUGACCAUACCAUAUGUUAUGCCCUACCAUUUUGGUGAGCUAUGA